AUGGCUACAACUAGGAAUUCUCUCUUAAUUAGAUCUAAUUCAAUGAAAUUCGAGGAGUUGGAAGAAUCCAGUCGAGCCUGACAAGCAUUUAAUGCUGACUCAAACCCAAAUAUUGCCUCUUUCUCCAACUUAGCUAGGAUUUGCAAUCGUGAAAUCAGUCAAAUGGAUCCCGAAAGCUGCAAAUUUCCAGCAAAAUUUAUGGACGAGCUUAUGUCUGCCCUUUCCAAUGGAAUCACAAGUUCAUUCCCUCAAUCUGCAUCAUUUUCAAAAAACGAUGCCAUAACUAUCUUGGAAACUCUUUCCAAUCAUCUUAUUCCUAUUUUUCAGUUGCUUAAAUUUUUGGUUUUUCAUAAGGAAUUGAAGCUUAAACACAAAUCUAUACAAAAAAUCAGCGAUUUCUGUUCCAAUCUCAAAUUUAUGUUCGGAGAAAUCGCUGAUUCUGAGUCUACAGAUAUCCUUACAAACUUAAUCAGCCUCCAGCUAGAAAUUUUGUGUAUUAGAGAGAAUAAAACAAAACGCUCUGGAAAAAGCUUGCAAAACGUUUUUUCUGUUUUUGCGACUCAUUUAAAUGAGCUGAUUACUGAGUCCCGACGCCAUGACUUUGGAUUGAAAAUUUACGAAAUAGAUUUUGUCACUGAAAAACUGUUGAAGAAAAUGCCAAAAACCAGACAUAUGGACUUGAUUACAUUUAUAUUAUUUGCACUAACUCCCCCCCCCCUCCGUGAGCGAACAAAAAAAUUUUGUUCGCUCACGGAGGGGGGUUAAUUUUUUUUUUUUUAAAACAAAUUUAUAUAUAAAUUUUAUAAAAAAAUAUUUUUUUCGAAAUUUAAAAAAAUCCUAAUUUGCAAAAAUUGGGAAGCAAAUAUUAAUUUAAUUUGCAAAAUUUAUGUUUUAAAACGCAAUUUGUUUAAAAUUAAACAGAAUUAGCUCUAGAUUUCAUUAUACUAAUUAUCACUUAUAUAUCAAAAUUUUUUUUCCAUUAAAAUUUUUUUCUAUUAAAAAAAAUUUUUGUUCACUCACGGAGGGUGGGUUUUUUGGUCAAAAAAUGGGCGAUUUUUCUAAUGGUUUUGUUCGCUCACGGGGGGGGGGGGGGGAGUAAAUAAUUUUGCAAAAAUUAAUGCUAAUUUGGUAAUGAAAGAAGAAAUUGUAUCAAUAAUACCCUCACUAUUAAAUUUUAUACUGCAUAUUGAUGACUUUAAAAAUACAAGGAAUACAGUUGAAGCAGAGUUGGCACUGCACAAAUCAAUUUACGCAACGAAGAUUUUAUCAACUAUUUUGCAUCAGGCUGGAAAAGCCGACCAAAAUAGGAUACUGCAUGAAAAUGAAGAAAAAAUCAAAGCCAUAUUUUAUUACUAUAUUGCUACUUACAUGAAGCAUUUCUUUUCGGUGAAAUCUCAGUUCUUUGAAGAGGAAGAUGGGUAUUUGGGAAUUUUUUAUAACUUGGUAUUUGAGCUUAUAUGCACAUGCAUCAACUCAAGUGAUAUUUUAUCAAGCAGCAUAACAAACAGUAAUUUAGAAGGACUGCCUAUAGUUCUUUUUUCAUUAAUUGGACAGCAAGUAAGGCUUAUUUAGGAAAUAGCUCAAGAAUUAAGGUCUCAUCCUCCUCAGCUCCAAGCUUACACUUUGCAAUUUUUAAGAAAAUACCUCGAAAAUUUAGGAAAAAACAAGUUUCAAUCUAAGUUUCUAAACGUAAAAGACUUUGGACUUAUAAGCUUUCUUUUUUCUCAGCCUUUCUUUAAAAUUGACUAUCCUGCAAAUGAUGACCCUCUUGGGCUAGCAGAAAUUGCUGGAAAUAACUGAGACAUUAUUUGAAGCAACUUAAUCGGGAAUCAAAAUAACUUAGAUUGGAUUUCAGCAUCUAUAGUAAGCCACAUGAAAGAAAACCAAAGUAAUAUUGCUUAUAUAAUCAAAAUGAAUGAAUGGAUUCAAGCUCAGUUUUCUGAAAAAGAAAACGAAAAAUUUAUGGAGAUUGGAAUUAAAAAUGGUUUAAUUGAACAAAUCUUGAACAUUAUCGUCCAAAUCAGCACGACCAAUGAAAACACUGACCAAGUGACUCUAUUAUUCUGCAUAAUAAAAAUGAUGGUGGAAAAUUACCCACAAGAUAAAUUUCCAAACGCAGACAGCUUACUUGAUUUAAUGCUUCAAGAGAAACUUUUAGCUAACCCAAAUACACUUGACUUAUGCCUUUCAUGUGUUUCACGAAUUCUGAAAUUUAAAAAUAAAAAAGCAUAUUUAGUGUUUGAAAACCAUUUGAAUAGAGUCAUCGACAUUAAUAUCCUCCUCAAGUUCCUUUCAACCAUCCAAGAAGUGCUCAAAGACUCUUCGACAAAACAAAGAAGCCAAAAAUACUUUUGUAAAGCAAGCACCUUGAGAACUCUAAAAGUCAAACUUACCAAUGAUUACUCAAAGUAUCCAAAAGAAAUGGUCGGAGAACUAUGGGCGAACGUAAUUGAGUGUGUCAGAUUUUUGAUAGAAAAUAACCCAAGGUCAAAGAAGCGAAUCAAUGAGUUUGAUUUCAACAUGAUCACAAAUACAAUCAUGAAGCCAAGCUAUAAUUCAAUAAGAAAAGACAUAUGCUUGAGGUCAUAUGAGAGUCUCUUUUAUAUAUUAUUUGAAACUAAAAAUCUCAGUGAAGAAAGUGGGCAUCGUGUUAUGACACCAGAAGUCAUACCUCUAGUAAUUGAACUUUUAUUCGACAUUGAAUUGACUGAAGAAAUACAAAAUCUUAUGAACUAUAUUGAGCAUGUGCUUAUUGAUGACGUUGAUAAAGCCCACUUUGCAAGCAGGAGAACCACAGAUAUCCUCCUUCAUAUUUUAGAAAAAAAUGAGAGCAGCUCGAAUUUAAACUAUAUAGAAGAUGUCUUAUCAAUGGUUAUUUGCCAUCAUAUUACUCCUCAAGAGCUGAGGAAAAUUAUCGAUGUGGCACAGUCUUUUGUUGGCCAACCAGAAAAGCAAAUUAUGAUGUAUCAAAGUUUGUACAGAGGAAUUGAUGGAGCUUUUUGCAAUAUCGACCAUAUAAAAUUUGAAAAAAAUCAUUUGGGGCUUUCCCCGACUCGAUAUUUUUGCUUUAGAUUCCCUAAAAGCAAAAUGAUAUGCUACAAUAUGGACAGGGCUUCAUUUAUUUCAAAAAAAGAAUUUUCUCUUUUUGUAUGAAUUUAUCCGGAUAGCCUUGAAACUGACUCCUGCUUAUUGCAAUUUUCUCAAAAAGAGGGUGACAGCAAGCUCUCUCUGCACAUAGAAGAUGGCUUUUUGUAUUUAGAAUAUAAGGAUAAAUUCAAGCUUGGAAGCACGCGAAGAAUUACUGACCAUCAAUGGAAUUUAGUUGGAUUUUCAAUUCGUCAAGGUGCAAGGUUUUCCAAGAAGUGUGAAAUUGAUAUUCUAGUAAAUAGUGAGUUAUGCGAGAGAAUUCCUGAAGGCAGGAAAUCUUAUCCAAAAGAUACUUUUGAUGUGCUUACAUGCGGUAAUAAUAAUACCUCUGAUAAGCCCUAUUAUGGGAAAAUGACUACAAUUUAUAUGACAAGCAAAUGUCUUCAGGAAAAGCACUUCACGCAGAUUUAUAAUCUUUCUUUCCAAUAUACAUUGGGAUUUAAUCCUGAUGCAGUUUCCACGUCUGAAAACUUUGAAGUUAACCCAGGGAUUCUUAAAGAAGUUUGGCAGUCCAAAACUUUUCAAUGAGACCCUAGAUGCCAUCAUCCUGAAUUUUAUGGUGCGAAAUUUGUUGAUGUUAGGCACGAUUGCGAGAUUUUCAAUGGCGUGACUAUAUUAGAAGCUGUUGCUGCCAAUGGAGGGUUAAACAUAUUUUUGCCACUUAUUAAAGAGUGUGCUGAAAAUACUAACUCCUCCCUCCAUUAGCCUUCGUGUGCAAACAAAAUUUUUUAUAUAAAUAAAUGAUAAUUAGAUAAUAAAAUCUCUAGCCUCAUCUGCUAAAUUUUAAACAGCUUUUAAAACAUAAAUUUUACAAAUUAAGUUAAUUUCUGUUUCAAAUUUUGCAAAUAGAGUUUUUUAAAUUCAAAAAAAAUAUAUUUUAAAAAAAAUUAACCCCUUUGUGAGCGAACAAAAUCUUUUUGCAUGCUCAUGAAGGGAUGGAGUAAGGCUGCAAUUUUGAUAAUCAAUAUGAUAAGCUGCAUAUGCCAAGCACAAACACUAGACAGUAUCAUUACUUCUGAAUUUUUGGAUUUAUUAGGAAUGGUGAUUGAAGAGUCUGUAAGAGAGCCGACUGAAGAACUUUUAGAAGCAAUAAAAAGAGUCAUUGGAAAGCUAGAGUGAAACACCCAUUAUCAGCAGCAAGCUUUAAAAAGUCUCUUCUUCAGUAAAGUGCUAUGAGAAAAACUUCCUGCAAUUUACCAAGAAAACUAUCUAGGAACUUUAUCACUUUAUAUUUCGAAGUAUUACCAAUGUAAGCUUGAUGAUGUCAUUUCUGUAUAUAGCCAUCUAUCUGCUCUUGAUAAUUCACCGAUGUAUGAAAACUUUUCAGAAAGCUGCCAUGAAUUGCUUGAAAAACUCUUACCAAAAGAAAUUGAAGAAGGGCACAUUGAAGGAAUUUUAAUUUUGAUUUACAAUAUGAAAAAUGAUAAAAAAUUAGAACUGCUUGGCAAACUUCUUACAAUAUUACGGGAAAUAAAAAUAGCGAAGAAAUGCACUUUUGAUAUUUCGAGUGUUAUUUUUUAUAUAAUCAAUGAAGAAAAAAAGGAUACUAACUUGCAAUGCUUAGCUUUCCGCGUUUUGCUUAGAUUUAUUGAAGAUUACAGUCGAGAAGGUGACUUGAGAAACCUAGAUAAUUUAUUUACAGAGCUGGAUGAAUCUUUAUAUGGAAUCAAUUAUAGCAGUUGCAAAGCUGCAUUUGAGUUAUUGAAAUCCCAUUCAGCAGAAGUUCAAGAAAGAUUAUUGAAACUUGUAAGCUUGAUUACCAAAAGAAUCCCCUUGAGCCCAGAAAAGGAAAUGAUACUUUCUGAACUGAUAAGCCUUUCAGCUGAAAUCCCCAAUUUUAACUCAAUUCUAUGUGAAAGCAGCAAUUUCCCGAAUUGGCUGACUCAAAUUUAUAAGGAAUUAUCUCAAAGCAAAGUUUUUGAGGAAAUAAUAGUUGUUCUUUUUACCAGCGAAUCAAGUUUUUAUAACUGGAAUAAGCUUCGAGAGUUUUUGUUAGAAGUCGCCAGAAUUAAUAACGAAAUAUCCAGCUCCAUUGAGAUAUAUGAAAAAAUAUUAGAAUCAGGGAUUACUCGCGAAGUUUUUAAGGGAAAUCUGAACAGUUUUAUUGGGUUUUCCUGCAUUUUUGAAGAUUUAUUGAAUCCAGAACUCACAGCUCAAGGAAAUAUUAACAAGCAUUUAUAUUAUAAAAUUUUGAAGACGCUGAUAACUAUUGGAAAAGAACUUGGCUUAACCUGCUGCACAUUCCCUUAUAUCCCUAAGAUAUCAUUGACAAUCCAAAAAACAAUUUGUCAUGAAGUCAAAGAUAGAAGCAUCUGCAUAUGAGAUGUUUCUGGCAGAGAAGGAGGGUUUUUGAGGUUGAUUUUGAAGCUUAUUCUAGUUGGCCUUGAUAUAUGUCAAGACCAAGAACUAAUAGAUGAGCUAUCGUUAUUACUAAAAGGCGAAGGGUCUCCUCAUGAUCCUUUUUUGAUUCUAAAUCCCAUUUCAAGUCAGGAAUGAGAAAAGAUUCUUUAUGAUUCUUUUGACUGCAAAAUCGGAAUUUACUCGAGGUUUGCAUUGGAAACUGACUGAUUUUAUACAGUCGAUUUCUUACUCCCCCCCCCCCCAUCCUUGAUCGAACGAUUGACUGUAAAAAUUCCAUAAUUAAAAUAUGGCGUCUUCGUCUGGGCAUGGCCUCCCGGCCAUGCAGCCUCGACUCAUAUUUUAAUUAUAUCCGGCAAGGUUUUACCAUUUCAGAGAUGGACAGCAAUGCUAGGUAAGCAAUUCUGGUAGCUUUCAGAGCCUAGCCCUAGUCUAUUCUCAGAGGUGGAUUUUUCCUCGUGGGGAAGGAGGGUGCAAGGUUGGAAAGGGGAAGCCCAGCAAAGUCCUCUGGACCAUUCGGGCAACUCCCUAUCGUGAAACUGGGCGUUACGUCCCAGGCUUUGCAUUUUUCCUUUUUGCCGAUAGCCGACCAGAAAAAAUCCAUUUUUUGGGUUUUUUUCGGAAAAGCAACCCAUGUACAAGCAAGUAGCUCAUCCAUGAGCCGUCGAAGACGUGGACAUUUGCCCCAGAAGCACCUUGGUGAUCGAAGCGAGUUUGUCUCCAGCAGACUGGUGGGCCCGAUGCGACGAAAGGCGAGUGAUAAACCUGGAGUUGUAACCCCGUAGUGGACGUUAAGCGAUAUAAAUUCUAAUGUAAUGUAAUGACUGUAAAAAUUCCUAAAAAUUGGGGAAAUUAACCCCCAUCCUUGAUCGAACGAUUUUCAUAUCAUGACAAUUUUUAUAUAUAUAAAAAUAUAAUAGUUAUCAAAAGCUUGGGAAGAUGUACCUAAUGAAGUUGUUUUCAGAGACUUUGAGACGAUAGAAAGCUUCGGAAUCAACUAUUCAAAGUAAUUUAGUCAUCAACAUGGGCUUAAAAACUCAAUAAUCUAAUAAAAUAGAGUUUUUUAAAAUUUUUAAAAAACAAAUUUUAAUUUAAUAAGUAACAAAUUAAAAUUUAUACAGUUUAAAGGGGUAACUAAUAAAUUAAAAUAUAAAAAAAUUGGUAUUUUUAUGAAAUUAAUUCAAUUUUUUGCUGUAAAAAUAAUUAUUAAAUACUCUUAACCCUCUUAUUUAAAAGUAAAUAAAACAAAUUUAUAUAUAUUUUAUUUUAUAUAUAAAAUUUUUUUUCCCAAAAAAAUUUUUUUUAACCCCCAUCCCUUGAUCGAACGAUGGCGAGUCGUUCGAUCAAGGAUCGGGGGGGAGUUAGUAAUCUACAUAAUUUCUGAAUGCGUAGAAUUGCUAAAUAAUGACGGCAGUCAGCCUUUACUUACUUUUUUGAAAGAAUUUAUUAAAAGUGUUGAAGCUUGAAACGUGAUUAAAAAUAUGGCAAGCCAUCUGACUGAUGAAGAGAUGCUGGGAUUUCCAGAUUUCUUUAUGGAGCAUUCUUCUGAGUUCUAUGGGACUUGCAGAUCAAGAUAUAAAGGAAGCAAAAACCAAUCAUCUUAUGUCUGCCCAAGCGAAGGAGAGAUAAGCUUAGAAAUCUUUAAGGAAAAAUGCAGAAUGAUGGGAGAUACACUCAAGCAAGCUAAAGAUUCUGAGUCGAGCCUAAAAGAUCUUUUACUGUCGUCUGUAUGAAUUAACAGUGUGCAUUUAAUCAUGCUUGCUUUAACAUCUAUGAAGCUGAACAUAAUUUCUUCAGCUGUUAAUUAUGAAUUCAACUCUGCUAUAUAUGAGAAACGAAACUCCAGAGAUGCUUCACAUUUAGGUAUCAUCAGUCAGGUGAGUGAGCUAAGAAAUAAGCAGCAUAUUCAUGAACAAUGCUUAGAGAGGAACAAACUUUUGUUGACAAAGAAAUACCACGACUUUACCAAGAAAUACAAAGAAUUGAAAUUAAUAAACUCCAAGUCAGAACUCAAAUAUAAAAUAAGGUCUUCUCUAGAUAAAUUCGGAAGGAUGCCUCUGCUGCAAGCUAUAGAUGAUGAGCCAAGGAUUUCAAUUGUCCGUUCCUCUUCGUCAACAGCAACAAUGACAUCACAAAUCACUCAAGAAAUGGCAAGAGAGUGCUCGGUUCUAUUAAAAGAUGACGAAAGAAAAAACAGCAUAGACAGCGCAAUUUUAUACCCAUCAACCACAGCCACGACAGCUGAAGAGGAGUCAGAAAGCAGCCCUCUUCCAGAAACAAUUGAGGAAGAAGUUGACGAAGAAAUCAUUUUGGAAGAAAGCACUUCAAAGUUAGCUGUUAAAUUCCCAUGCGAACGAAUAAAAAUUAAAGGAAACUACAUUGGGUCUCUUGAGGUGUCCAAUACCUGAAUGCUUUUUACAAGUGAAGGUGAGGAAAAUCCGCAGGCUGACGAGUAUUUUGCAUCAGUUCUUCAGUUCUCGAGGUACAAAAAGAAAUGCAAGCAAAUAUGGUCAGUCGAUGAAAUAAGUGAAGUUUUGCCAAGGAGAGUCAUUCAUAGGCAUACAGCAAUUGAAGUGUUUUUCAGAUCAGGAAAAUCCUGUCUGCUGAAUUUGUUUGAAAAUGAUAAAAGAGAAGAGUGCUUAAAAGAAAUGAAGGCGUGGAAAAAACACGGAGUUCAUGUUGUCGAAAAAAUUGAUCAAAAAUAUGCCCAAAAGUACACAAAGGCAUGGAAAUUGGGAAAAUUAAGCAACUUCGAGUAUCUCACAGUCUUAAAUAAAUUGGCAAGUCGCUCAUUUAAUGAUAUCAACCAGUAUCCUGUAUUUCCAUGGCUCAUUAAAGAUUUUGAGUCUGAAGUUUUAGAUUUUUCUGAUGAAGAAGUCACUUUUAGAGAUCUAAAGUUCCCAAUUGGAGCUCAAACAAAAGAAGCUCAAGUAGAAUUAGCAAGGAAAUACAGCAACUGGGAAGAAGAUGAUAUUGUAAGGCCAUUUCAUUAUGGCUCGCAUUAUUCAAGCGCUGGGGUUGUUGUGCACUAUUUAGUUCGACUUCAACCUUUCACAGAUCAAGCAAUAGCUUUACAAGGCGGGAAAUUUGACUGCGCAGAUAGACUGUUUUACUCAAUCCAAGCAUCAUGAGAGACCUCACAAAAUGUCUCUGGAGACGUCAAAGAAAUGAUUCCAGAGUUGUUUUAUCUUCCAGAAAUGCUUAUUAAUAUCAAUAAAAUAGAUUUAGGAACGCAGCAAGGCAAAGAAGAACCCAUCACAAGUGUAGCUCUCCCUAUUUGGGCAAAAGGCUCCCCUCUUAAUUUUAUCAGAAUACAUAGGCAAGCCUUAGAAUCUGACUAUGUCAGCCAGAACCUCAACCAUUGAAUUGAUUUAAUUUUUGGCUUCAAACAAAGAGGUGUGCAAGCAGAGCUCGCCUUGAACAAAUUUUAUUAUACAUCUUAUGAGGAAACAGUCCAAAGGCUUCUAGAAAGAUGUGAAUCAAUGGAAUCAAUUCUUCCUAUAAUAGAGCAAGUCGUUCAUUUUGGCCAAACUCCGGUACAGCUUUUUAAAACUCAGCACCCUAAAAAGGAUCAAGAAUUUAAACAAGUUUCUGUGUUUUCUAAAGCCAUGGGCCAAAAAAUGGAAAUAGAUAAUUCAAAGCCUAUUGAAUUUUCUGGGAAAAUUUUUGCUUUAUUUUCUACAUUGAACGCAAUAAUUGGAAUAAAACUGACUGGAAAUGGGACUAUUUCAGUAUUUAGAAUUGGCUUUAAAAAAGAAAUAGGCGAAAUGAGGUUGGAUUAUCCAUCAAGCUACCAAGAUUACAUUUUAGAAGCUGCAAGAGAUUUAAACUUGGAAAAUUGGAAAGAAGAGCCGCAAUGGAAGCAUACCUUCAAUAAUGAUGAUUCGCGCGUUAUACUUGACAGAGGGCCUCAUCAAUACUGCAUGUGGGGCGAAAAAUACAUAAUUUCAGGAUUUCAUAUUGACAACUCAUUUAAAAUACAUGGCCUGAAAGGAAAUUUAAUAGAGUCAGUCCAUCAUCAUGCAGGAUUAGUGACAUGUGUAACAAGCACUGAUGACUAUUUAUUUACUGGAAGCUUAGAUACUUCAAUAUGCUCGUGGGGACAUAUGGGGAAAAACCAAAAAUUUGUGAAACCCAGAAGAAUCUUCUUACUCCCCCCCCCCCCUCCGUGAGCGAACAAAAAAAUUUUGUUCGCUCACGGAGGGGGGUUAAUUUUUUUUUUUUAAAACAAAUUUAUAUAUAAAUUUUAUAAAAAAUAUUUUUUUCGAAAUUUAAAAAAAUCCUAAUUUGCAAAAAUUGGGAAGCAAAUAUUAAUUUAAUUUGCAAAAAUUUAUGUUUUAAAACGCAAUUUGUUUAAAAUUAAACAGAAUUAGCUCUAGAUUUCAUUAUACUAAUUAUCACUUAUAUAUCAAAAUUUUUUUCCAUUAAAAUUUUUUUCUAUUAAAAAAAUUUUUGUUCACUCACGGAGGGUGGGUUUUUGGUCAAAAAAUGGCGAUUUUUCUAAUGGUUUUGUUCGCUCACGGAGGGGGGGGGGGGAGUUAGGACAUACUGUAGGAAUAAGACAAAUUUCUGCAUCAGCCAGUUAUCAAAUAUUAGUGUCGUUAUCUUCUAAUGGGACUAUUUUAAUGCAUGACAUUCGGUCUGCUGACUGUUUAAGAUCUUUCUUAAAAACAAGUCAAACACCGCCGAAGGCAAUUGCGAUUAGCGAGCUCGGAAUCAUUGCAUCAGCAAUAAGCGAAGAAAAUAAAAUACUACUUUAUUAUCUGAAUGGAGAAAUUGCAAAUACUUUGACAGUGAAAAGUGAUCUGAUUUGAAGCAUACAAUUUAAUCAGUCUGGAGAAUACUUAAUCACUGGAGGGACUGAAAGCAUAGGAUUUUGUAGCAUUUUUGACGAUAUGAAAGUUUAUAAAGAUGUGAAGUCAACGGUUAUGGCAAUGUGCCUACCAAAAGGAGAAGAAACAGUUAUAUAUGCAUUGAACAAAGAGAAAGCUCAGAUAUGGAACUUAGAUCUUUAUUCAAGAGAGCAUAGAAAAAUAACGAUGAUGCCAUUUGUAACUUUAGCAUAA